ACGUUAUUGCCUUUGGUUCUGGCGAGUCGCUCAUGAAACCAUCCAUUUUAACCAAUAACAAUUUUUACUUCAAAUUUAUUUCAAGUUCUCGACACAGUUACCUCAGCUCGAAAUAACAAGCAGAAGCAGCCGUACUCCCUCCCUCGGAGUCUGCGACAGUUUAUACUUUAAACUAGAAGGUCUUCGAAAUUUCCAGCGAGUCAUUCAGGCAUUCAGACAAACAGUUGGUGACAAACACAGGCUUACUGUCUUCAUCACUCUUGUAUCAAAAAACCAUGGUCACUAAACUGAUAAAGAUCCAGACUUUAUCACUCAUCAAAGCAAACAACAGCAUUACAAGCACUCCCAUUCCACAUUUCUCAUUUAUUCGAUCAAUGACAACCAGCAAAAGGGUGCAAGACCGAAGUGAAAAAAAGCGAAUACAUGACCUGGAAAUAGCCACAGAGAAGUGGAAAAUCAUUUCCAAAGUGUUGUUUUUGAUUGAGACAAUGAAACAGGAGCCUGAACAAGUUAUUUCUGUAAGAUCACUUGAUCAGUAUAGGAGACAGAUUAAUUUACCAAAGCCUCAUAAGAUAUCGGAUUUUCUUCGAAAAUCUCCGAAACUGUUUGAGCUUUAUAAGGAUCAGCGGGGUGUUUUGUGGUGUGGAUUAACGAGACAGGCAGAGGAAUUGGUUGAAGAAGAGGAGAGGAUUUUGGAAGUGACCAGUGAAAAGGCUGUGGAGUAUGUUAGCAGAUUGUUAAUGAUGUCCAUCGAUAAGCGUUUAAAGUUGGAAAAGAUUGCUCAUUUUAGGAGAGAUUUGGGGCUGCCUUAUGAUUUUAGGAAGAACUGGGUUUAUAAGUAUCCAGAUAAUUUUAGGGUUGUGAAGGAUGAGGAUGAAGUUGAGUUCUUGGAUUUGGUUUCUUGGAACCCUUGUUGGGCUAUAACGGAAUUGGAGAAAAAUGUUUUGGGUUUAUCUACAUUGGAUGAAUCGGUUAAGGAUCAUGUACCAGGGUUGCUAUCGCUUGCUUUUCCGAUGAAAUUUCCACCUAAUUAUAAAAAGAUUUAUAGGUAUGGUGGACAGAUUGAUCAUUUUCAGAAAAGGGUUUAUUUGUCACCUUAUGCUGAUGCUAGGGAGCUUAAAGCUGGUUCACAGGAAUUUGAUAAGAGAGCCGUUGCAGUAAUGCAUGAGAUGUUGAGUUUUAUGAAUGAGAAGAGACUGGUUACUGAUCAUCUUACUCAUUUUAGAAGGGAGUUUGUGAUGCCACAAAAGUUGAUGAGGUUGUUGUUAAAGCAUUUUGGAAUUUUUUAUGUUUCCGAGAGAGGGAAGAGAUUCAGCGUGUUUUUGACUGAAGCUUAUGAAGGUUCAGAGUUAAUUGAGAAAUGUCCUAUGGCUAUUUGGAAGGAAAAAGUACAGAAGCUUAUUGGGUAUAGAGGAAGGAAGAAGAAAAUUGAAACUUUUGAUGACUUGCCAGACAUGGAAGAUAGAGAUUUGUUUGAGAGUGAUUCUGAGGAAGAUAUUAUCAGUAUUGCACCUGUGCAUGAUGAGACGUUAAAUGCUUAUAAUGAUGCUUCACAUUCUGAUAAUUCUGAGAUGGAAAUUGGUGAUGUUUGCAGCGCUUACAAGGAUACAUAAAUACAUUUUUUACAGGAUUUAAACUUUUUGUCAAAUUUCUGGGCUAGGACUCAGCCGGUCAAAUGGGAUACAUGCUUAACGGCCUUGGGAAGCUAAGAACUCUAUAUUUGAAUGAUAACAACCUAUUAUUGGCAUUGUUGUGGACUCUCUGCUGGUGCUUCUUUUUUGUUGUUGUGUUUGUUUUCUGCACGAUAAAGGGUAAAAAGAAGGAAACUAGUGUAGCAACUUGUAUUUCUUGAAAAAGGUAUCAUCAGCUCAAAUGGUUGGUCAUUUGGAUAUGGUGCUCCCGAAUCUGCCCUAUGUGGAGUAUACAUCGUAACAGAUUCAUGGAGUUCUUAAUGCUGUGAGUUGGGGUAUAUUAUUUCCACUCGGAAUCAUCAUUGCUAGGUAUAUGAGCGUUUUCCCAUCAGCAGAUCCUGCGUGGUUUUAUCUUCAUGUGUUCUGCCAGGUAUCAGCUUAUGCUGUUGGGGUUGCUGGUUGGGGAACAGGCCUGAAACUUGGGAGUCAAUCUAAACGGGUCAAGUACAGCAGUCACCGAAAUAUUGGAAUUGCACUCUUUGUCCUUGCAACAGUUCAGCAAUGACGUUUAAAACCUAGUGCAUCCUAGUAUUCUUUGCUUGAUUGCUCCUUUUGCCGUUCUGCAGCUGUCCUGUAUGUCCGUAGGUCAAAAUUCUGUAAGCUACUUCACAGAUCGUUAGCAUACGAAAACUACUUAACAUGCCCUCGCAUAUGUGUGUGUCAAGCAGGGGUGUGUACGGGUGGGUGAAACCGACCAACCCGAUCAAAACCGAACAUAUUUCAUCUGAUUCAAUCCGAAAUUUUUUAACCUAAUAAGUAAUUGGAUUGGAAAAGUAUUAAUCCGAUUUAGUUAGGUUGGACAUGGAUUUAGGGUUUAUAAACCGAUCCAACUCAACCCGAUGGAAAAUAUGAGAACGUAAUAAUUUAUCCAUCGCA